AUGAGCACGACGAUGGAAGGACAGCAAGUGCAACAACACCAGCAGCCGCAUUUGACGUUGCAGAUGCUGAAUGUGCAUGGGGCCCCUUUCCCGGGUGAGCCUGCGUAUAUCAACUCCCCUGCCUCGUAUCUGCCUUCGCCGGCUGCUCCGGGGGUGAAUGCUCUCACGAUUUCGGAUGCCAAUACGCCUGCUUCGAGGGAUGGCUCGUUCUCGUCUGUCACCAGCGCGAGUGCAACAACUACGACGGGUGAGGUGAAGCCACGGAACUUUGUCUGCGGAACAUGCCAACGCGCAUUCAACCGUCUCGAACACCUCAAGCGACACGAACGAUCACACACCAAAGAGAAACCAUUCGUAUGUGGGAUUUGUGCCCGUGGAUUUGCCCGAUCUGAUUUGCUUCUUCGUCAUUCGCAGAAGAUCCAUUUGAGUGGGAAGGAUAAGACGAUGGCACAAUACAAUCCUGCUAUUUCUUCCUCUUCUACACCACCGAAGAAGCGUCAACGGCGCCGUGCAUCGACGAGUGCGAGCAUGCACCCCGUCAACAUGAACUUGAACCUCAACUACCCAUACAACGUCAACGUUGGCCCCGGGGCUAUGAUGCCGCCUUCGCCUCCUGUCUCGGUCUCUUCGCAACCGUGGAGUUUCGAUGGCACCACAAUCGACCCUGCCAACAUCUUCGGCACCUCUCCUCCCACCCUCAUCGGUCACCCCGGGCAGGACCGCCCUCAUAUCAACCGCUCAAUGAGUUUGAACUACGCUUCCUCAUGGACCAUCCCGCAUGCUGCGGACGGUUCUGGCCGCGCACCUGCUGGGCAAUGUAUGUCCCGUCCCAACCCACUGGACAUCGACAUGGACGAGGACUCUUCCAUCAAGUCCGAGGCUGAGAUCCAACAGACCCCGUUGCCGAUCGCGGAACCUCAGCCAGAGGGUCUGGAUCCUUUGAGCAUGCUUUACCCCCCACCCGACUACUUCGCUCUCCCCCCAACGCACCCCACCACCACCAACACUACCUCUCACGCCCUCCACACCCCCGCCGUCGGAAUUCAACUCCAGUCUGGUCCCGCAUCGGCAUACCCUUCACCUCCCGCGGGUGUCGCGACCCUCGAAGGAGCAAUCAAUGGCUUCGGGUGGGAGACGGAGUUGCCGAAACCUGGCUGUGCCGGUGGGCAGCAGGGUACCGAGGAGGAGAUGUGGAGGAGUAUGUUGUUUUCGGGGGUUGGGACGCCAGUAUCGGUUGUUGAUGAUAACUUUUCUGCAUCGGUUGAGACUGAUGUGCAGUCUAUGGAUGUUGACAUGGACCUCUUUGGACCUCUCGAGGGUCUCGCUAUGGGUCACGGUGUCGGAUCGGUGGAUGAUGAGGUAGUGACGAGGGAUGUUUUGGAGACGAGUUGGAGUGCGUACUGGGUUCACGCACACCCUCGUCUUCCGUUCCUUCACUCGGCGACACAUGUGAUGCCAGCCCUCGACACUUCCUUGUCCGCGCUGCAGUAUGCAAUCUGCGCUGUCGGAGCGCUUUCCUCUCCCGCCGUCACGAGGGAUGAAGCGAAGAGGAUGUAUGCACGUGCCAAGGAACUCAACGUCGGUGCACAGGGUUUGGAGGGGGUUCAGGCAGGGUUGUUUGGCGUGUUGUUUGGGGUUAUGGAGGGUGGUGGGGGUGGUGAGGAGUGUGAGAUCGCCGUUGGAGAUUUCGGUGCCGUUGUUGACGCUGCACGUUCCAUCGGUCUCCUCACCUGUCCCACCGCGGCCGCUGGCUCUUCGCCUCAAAUGGCUGAGUUGCCUUCUGUCGGUGACCUUGGGUCUUUCGAGACGGGGGUUGAGGAACAGUGGCGUGCGUGGGCGAAGAAGGAGGAAAGGAAGAGGACUGUGUAUGCGCUGUUUGUCCUCAGCGCGAUGUUUGUCCUCACUUACUCGCUUCCCGCGGUUAUUCCUAACGCGGAGUUUCCGGCUGGGUUGGAGAUGCCUUGUGAUGAGGAUUUGUUCACUAUCGGGUCUGCGUACGGGUGGAGGGCUCUUCAGCCUUCCGCGACGAAGUACUCCUUAUUCGGGACUGCCCUCGAGUGUCUUCUUCCCGCUUCUGGUGCCCCCGCGCUCGAGGACGCGGAGUACAGGUUUAGCAUGUUCGGUGGAUUGGCCCUCAUCUGUGCCGUUCACCAACAACUCACCGCAUCCCACCGCGCACACACCAGCCAGGAGUGGCAAGCCGCUACGUUCGUCUCGCUCCACACCAGGACCUUUGGACCGGCGUUGAGGAAGUGGGAGGUUGCGUGGCGUGGGCAUCCGCAUGCUUCGUUGUGUCCGAAGACGAACCCCUAUGGACCUCUCAGCGCUGAUGCGAUCCCUCUGUUCAAUUUGGCGUAUGUCAGGUUGUAUGUCGAUUUGAGCAGGGCUAAGCGUGCUUUCUAUCGUGGUGAUUGGGAGAAGGCACGGUUUCACCUAGGCAAGUGUGGAGGUACGGCGCUGAGGAAGGCUGCGUUCUAUGCGAAUAAUGCCGUGUGCAUGUUUGACAAGAUCGCUGGAUCCAACAACUCCGCGCCGGUGUUGUUCGUGAAACUUGUUAGCUUUGAUUCGGCGAUGGUUAUUAGCGAGUGGUUGCACUCUGUCUACCCUCUCGGACCUCCCGCGCCGUCUGAUGCGGUCGGUGAUGUCUUGAGGAGUGUUGUGCACCCCGAUGACUGCAAGUUGCUUGCCCGCAUCGUUGCCGUCAUCGUCGCUAGUCGGUCGAACGCGGGGACGGGCGUGGAGACGAUGAGCAUUGUGUGGGAGUACUUGGCCGGAUACAUCAAGUCCUUGGCCGGGACACCCGCGAUGAGGAGUAGUGUGGAUGCCUACGUCGAUGGAUUGGCGCAGAUGAAGGCUAACUAA